CAGACGAAUAAAAAAUACUCGAAAAAUUAAUGAGUGUAAGGGGGACACGUGCGCCCACUUAAUUGUCAUUGAGGCAACAAAAGCUGAAAAAUAUUGAGUGGUGAAUUUUUUUUGUGAAGGUGAAGCUAUAACAAUUCCAAAUUUUCCAGUGUUUGGUCCCAUUUUUUACCCCUCAUUCAUCAUCUCAUCGAGUGAUGCCAAGAUUUUUGGGUUAUUUUGAUAUAUGUUAUCCAGUAUCAUUUGUUAUGCCGACAGUGCAAGCAUGCUAAUCAAGGAACCAAAGAGACAAUCAUCUAAGAUAUUGUGGACGUUCGGAAAGGGAUUCCUUCUGGUGGACUUGACAUUUCUUUGGGCUUCUUAUGUCGUUUGGACGCGGAUGAAUCGGUCUCAAGAUUUUCGACACUACAUGUCCGAGAAUUGGCCGAGGAUCCUCGAAAGCUAUUACAUGAUCGGAGAGACGAUCAGCAGUGAGAAUAAUAAGAUCAGAGAGUUUGACGAGUUGACCUGGAGAAAAACGCAGAAUUAGACCACAAAUCAUCCUUUUUUCGUAGCCAAUACGCGAAGCCUAUGCCAGAUUAUCAGCCCCUGGUGAAAAAACUGAAACCUAUGUCAGCCGGCGGUCCCACACCAGCGUCUCCACCGAUCCCUGGAAAAUAGCUGUCACCAAAUAAUGGAGUCCUCGAACCUAAUAGGCACCGACAGCCUUCCGGAGCGCAUCAACAAGCGUGACCGGGAGCGUAAGACGAUAAUUGAGCGCAGAAGAGAGGAGAAACAACAGCUAACUGUUGACAGCGAGCAAUUGGGUUAUUUCCAGGACGCCUUCUAUGCCUCCUGCAGUAAGAUAAAAUCCCUCCUGGAGUCAGCCUCAUCAACUCCAACUGCCUCCCUCCCAAAUCUCUUCGACAAAGCCAGUAAAGAGAUCCUGACCCUCAAGAAUUACCUCUCGCAGUCGAAAAUAUUCCUUAAGGUUUACGACAUAAGACGCGCCCAGGAGAGUCUUCAACAUCUUGAGACCGAAACUGCUGAGUUGGAGAUGAAGCUUCUCCCAAAGAAAAAAUUUGGCUUCAAAAAUAGAAGAGUAUUAAAAAAACCGUCAGACACGAAAACCAUUGAUGUCACUGAUGGCCUCAAAGACCUGACCCUCUCUGAGGGCAUGGGCAAUGGCACCACGAGACAGAAUAACGAUCCAAUUGGCAAAUUCAAUGACAGUUCGAGCACAAUAACUGGAAAAACCGACGAACGAUUGAUCCUCGAUGCUGAAAACGUCAAUAAAAAUGACGUUUUACUAUCUGAUCUGAAGAGAUGUACUGUUGUUAUUUAUGGUGCACCUUCAACGGUUCAUAUGGUCAACCUGAAACAGUGCACAGUCCUGAUUGGACCAGUAUCGUCAUCAGUAUUUGCCCACAACUGCACACAGUCGACAUUUGCAUUCGCCUGUCAACAGUUUCGACUCCACUCCUCAUCGGACUUGUCCAUUUAUCUUCAUGUGACGAGUAGAGCUAUUAUUGAGGAUUGCACCAAGAUAAGGGUGGCACCUUACAACUGGAGUUAUGAGGAUCAGGAGAGUCAUUUUAAACUAGCUGGGCUGGAUAUUAAAAUUAAUAAUUGGGACUCGGUCGAUGAUUUUAAUUGGUUGAGUUAUGAGAAACAAUCGCCAAAUUGGGGAAUCAUAAAGAGUGAACAAAGAGUCAAAAGUUGGGAGGUUUGAGGACAGGGUGAUAGGUCUAUUGGAUUUUUUUUAUUAUCAUGGAGAUGUGGCAGAGAUGUUGAUUUAAUUAUGUCAUUUACACGUGUAUUUUUGCGCUUUUACAGGAGAUUAAUAAAUGCACGUAAUUUAUGAAUUGACAGAG